AGACAGACAGACAGACAGAGAGAGACAGAGAGAGAGAGACAGUUUAUUACAAGAGAGAUCUGGUAAUAAACAAACCAUUGUAGAGCUGGAGAAGAGAGGCGACAACAUGAUGUGACAUUAGUAGCGAGUGGAGGCGUUUCCCCCCCCCCCCCAUCCGUGACCACAACUACUCAUACCCCCACAACUACCACCACCAGUAUUCCUACCACAAACUACCACCACCAGUACACCCACGACGACCAGUAACUUGUCACUACUGGCACCCCUACCCCACACAACCACCACUACCACCACCAUCACCUCCAACACUAACAAGCCACUUAUAACUUCCCGCGUGGGUGUACCCGCUCAGUGCACCCACCCACCACUGCUGCUCCCUCCCGCCCCGGCUCCCACAGUGCUCUUGAGAGCUACUGUGGGCCGACGGGUCGAUACUCCUCUCCCCAGGCGGUGAACGCCAGACCCGUCAAAGAAGAAAAUUUCGACACAGUAUACCUGAAUACAGGAUAUUGAACUAUAUAGUGUCAGGAUAAGUGGACAUUGUAAUUAACUAUCAAUCAAUGCUAGAUAUCACAGGCAUGUUGCGACUGCUGGUGCUUGGGGCGUGCUUGCAAGUGUUACAGGGAGCGGUAGUGACGGAGGGUCUCCGGAAGGGCCUCCAGGAGCACCUUCCAGGGUGCAAGGCCUACACUCGUCUCCUGGGAUGGGUGGACGAGGCCCACGAAGAUCUCUACACUCUCCAAGCUGCCACUGACAGACACGACAUAACGGAAGUGAAGGACAAUUUCCACCGUGUGAUUUAUCGAGCCAGACAAUGGAUCACAAAAUUUCAGGGUCCUCUACUGCGGAUGAGUGAGACCUGCAAUUUAAUUGAGUGGUUGGAACAUAUUCAGGAAGAGUUUUACCCCAGCCAUGCCAGCCUCGUUCCCUCGCCUAACGACCAUUUGCGAGCUAUGAAGAGGACAUUUCUCAAGCCAGACCACAAGAAGCGAGUGACACUCCUGGCACAGGAGUUAGUGAGAAUGGUGUCCAGGCACUCCAGACGAAGAGUGCCUGCAGGAGAGGACAAGAGGCAGCUUGAACGACAGGUUCAGAACCUGUUGCUCAACACUCUCUGGGCAGCUCACGCAUCACGCACACCAAAAAUAAAUUGGAGGAAAGUGGGAGUGGUCAAGACGGGCGUGGCCAAGACGGGCGUGGUCAAGACGGGCGUGGCAGACGUGGACGAGGCCCAGGUGGUGAGGGAGGUGCCUGACACCUUCCUAAGCGUGGCUCUGGGCCCCCGCUUGAUCCAACACCAGUGGUUCAACUUUAACACCAGUUCCCCUCUGGUGCUGACCUUGACCCGAGCCCUGGCCCCGGCCAUCCUCAGGAUGGGAGGUUCAGCAGCCAACUUCCUCACCUACGAGCCGAGGGUUUGGCAGCUACCUUCGUCUCCUGACGGGCUGCUCAGACCUGACACUGGCGCCCCGGUGCCCUCACGCCAUGUCCUAGAGGACGACCAAUCCGGAGAUCCUUCACUCAAAAAUGAUAGGAAUGGAUCCGACAGUAGGAAUAGCCACGCUGACAACACCACUGAAGACGAGAGGGACAUUACCUACUCAAGCAACACCAUAUGGACGAAGUACCAGCAUUCCAGAAGCCAGUCAGACUGGAGUCCCGUCUCCAGGUCUGAAGGCGACGCCCACAGUGACGUCAGGGAUGGACGUCAUCCAGACGGCGGCCUGGAUGACCGCUCCUGCAACACUGAUCACGACUCCUCAACCUUCACCAACUUCACAAUGACAAGAGAAUCCUGGAGUCAACUGCUGGGGCUGGCAGAGGCAGCAGGAAUGACACUGCUGUUUGAUGUGAAUCAGUUCUACCGUGCUGAGGACGGUUCCUGGGACCCCAGCAACGUCAGGCUCCUGAUGCGUGACGCUGCCGCCAGAGGAGCUCGACUCAUCUGGCAGCUCGGCAAUGAACCCAACGCGUAUGGUCACAAGUUCGGCUGGAGCGUCACGGGCCAGGAGGCGGCUCAGGAUUAUCUGCAGCUGCGUCAGGAGCUGGACCAGUACUUCCCCGGUCCCCAUCACACUCUCGUUGUUGGUCCAGACGUCACCAGACCCAAGCCCCGAGGCCAACAGGAACCAGACGAACUAUACAAUGGAGUUGGUAAAGAAUCAAUUGCGUUCCUGCGAGAGUUCUUAAGCUCCUUGAAGUUCAACCUGAGCGCGCUCUCCUGGCAUCAGUACUACUUGGACGGCAGAACCGCUCAAGUGGACGACUUCCUCUCACCCGCCGUCAUGGACCAGUUCAAGUGGCAGAUUGACCAAGUUGUUGGUGUUAGGGAUCACCUCUCACCUGGCACUCCUAUUUGGCUGACGGAGACGGGGUCGGCCUACGGCGGGGGCGCCCGAGGCCUGAGUGACGCCUACGUCGGCGGCUUCCUCUGGCUGGACAAGCUGGGGGUGGCGGCGACCAUGGCCGGCGGUGACGGAGACCAUGGUGGCCAGGACCAUGGUGGCCAUGAAGGAGGCGGAAUCCAGUUAGUAGCCAGACAGACGCUGUACGAGGGAUGCUACGCCCUCAUCUCUAUGGACCUAGUCCCUAACCCGGACUACUGGCUCUCAGUACUCUACAAGAGGCUUGUAGGAGGCCGUGUCCUUCGUCUGCGUCUCCGUCAGGUCCCGCCAACCACACGCCUCUACGCCCACUGCCUCAGGAACAUCACCGCUGAUCACACGCCAGGAGCUGUGGUGGUGUUCGGGAUGAACUUGUUGAAGGAGGCGACGCAGGUGAGGCUCGAGGGCCACCUGGCCACUUCACCUCUCCUCCAGUACCUGCUGCUUCCUCCAGAUGGGGACCUACAGUCCAGGCAAGUGAUGUUGAACGGUCAACUGCUGCAGAUGACGCCUGAAGGAGACCUGCCAGAUCUGACACCCACGCCCCUGCCCCCGGCACUCCUUCAUCUCCCGCCAACCUCCCUAGGCUUCUGGGUGAUGCCCCACGCCCACGCCCGCGCCUGUAUGUAGUGAGGGUGGGUGGUGCCCCACGCCCACGCCUGUAUGUAGUGAGGGUGGGUGAUGCCCCACGCCCACGCCCGCGCCUGUAUGUAGUGAGGGUGGGUGGUGCCCCACGCCCACGCCUGUAUGUAGUGAAGGUGGGUGGUGCCCCACGCCCGCGUCUGUAUGUAGUGAAGGUGGGUGGUGCCCCACGCCCGCGCCUGUAUGUAAUGAGGGUGGGUGGUGCCCCACGCCCACGCCUGUAUGUAAUGAGGGUGGGUGGUGCCCCACGCCCACGCCUGUAUGUAAUGAGGGUGGGUGGUGCCCCACGCCCGCGCCUGUAUGUAGUGAAGGUGGGUGGUGCCCCACGCCCGCGCCUGUAUGUAAUGAGGGUGGGUGGUGCCCCACGCCCGCGCCUGUAUGUAGUGAAGGUGGGUGGUGCCCCACGCCCGCGCCUGUAUGUAAUGAGGGUGGGUGGUGCCUCACGCCCACGCCUGUAUGUAGUGAGGGUGGGUGGUGCCUCACGCCCACGCCUGUAUGUAGUGAUGACCUCCACUACCUUGGGGGGUAGAAAUAGCCUAAGCUACUCUAUCCCUUUGAGAUGUAUUUCUUUCUUGUCUCAAAGAACAUACUUAAACUCCACUACCUCACUUCAAAUGUAAACUGCUUUGCUAAGAGGUCAAUAAACUGAGGUCCAUGCGGGACCCCAUGUAACUUUUCUGCUACCUACACCCACAGGAUGGACGUGGCCUCCAUAAUAAACUGAUUAAAUUCAUACAAAAUAUGUAUACUGAACGUUUACUUGAGUUUUAAACUAUUAUCAGGAUAAAGUUCAUAACUUUAAAACUUGUUCUAAUCUCUAGGCCUACUAUAGUGGCUGUGUAAUAAGUAUUGACCUAAUUCUUUAUCCAUAAAAGUUCAGUUAAAGUUGUCUACUGUGUCAAUAUUACUGUUGUAUCCACGCUUCAAAUUAAACAGGACUUCGUUAAUAAAUCGACUUCGUUAAACAGGUCUCUUCGUUAAUAAAUGUCUAAUCCUAUCUAAUCUUUUAUUUAUUUAUCUAUAUAUACAAGAGUUCUUACACUCUUGUAAAGUCACUACCACACAUAGUUUCGGAUAGAUCUUUAAUCCAAAUUUUUCCCGGGAAUACGACCCGCCAAAUCGUCUAACAAGGGUGAACAGAGGCUACAGUUAAGGACUGGCGCCCAGUCAAUCCUCCCCGGCCAGGAUACGACGAACCCAGGUUA